CCGGCGUCACAAGAGGGGGAGGUGGCUAAUAGCCGUGGCGCAGCGCCGCUUGUUGACAGACCUCUCAGCCGCCGCCUGACGGGCCCGGGGCUCCCUGCACUGCCGCCGCCAUGUCCAUCUUCACCCCCACCAACCAGAUCCGCCUCACCAACGUGGCCGUGGUGCGGACCCGCCGCGCCGGGAAGCGCUUCGAGAUCGCCUGCUACCGCAACAAAGUCAUGGGCUGGCGGAGCGGGGCUGAAAAAGACAUUGAUGAAGUUCUACAGACCAACACAGUAUUUGUAAACGUCUCUAAAGGUCAAGUUGCAAAGAAGGAAGAUCUCCUCAAAGCUUUUGGAACUGAUGACCAAACAGAAAUCUGCAAGACAAUUUUAACAAAAGGGGAGUUGCAGGUAUCUGACAAAGAGCGACACACACAAUUGGAGCAGAUGUUUAGAGACAUUGCAACUAUUGUCGCUGAGAAAUGUGUGAAUCCUGAAACAAAGAGGCCAUACACAGUAAUCCUUAUAGAAAGAGCCAUGAAGGAUAUCCACUAUUCUGUUAAACCAAACAAGAGCACCAAACAGCAGGCUUUGGAAGUGAUCAGACAGUUAAAGGAGACUAUGCAGAUUGAGCGAGCUCACAUGAGACUGCGGUUCAUUCUCCCAGCAAAAGAGGGCAAGAAGCUAAAAGAGAAGCUCAAACCACUGAUCAAAGUUAUAGAGAGUGAAGACUUCGAUGAGCAGUUAGAAAUUGUGUGCCUCAUUGACCCAGGCUGCUUCAGGGAGAUUGACGAACUGAUCCGGUGUGAGACUAAAGGGAAAGGCUCACUUGAAGUACUCAGUCUGAAAGAUGUGGAAGAAGGAGAUGAAAAGUUCGAAUAAAACCCUUCCACCAACAUCACUUUUGUGGAAAACACUAUAAAGAGGCAGAGUUAAGACACCUCAUUCUGUUAAGGUUUUUGUUUUUCCAACCUAUUGCUGUCACUAGCUCUAUUUAGGCUAAUUCCAUGCCGUGUUUCCUUGCAUUUGUCUGGGUAACAAGUGCCUUUUGAUAAAGAGAUGUUUGAGUGUUCGAUUUGCACUAAGGAUAAAGUUAUAGGACUUACCGGUGAAAGGCUAUACUAGCUUUGUUUUGGUGGGGGUAGUGAUUAUAUCGGUGUUCAACUGCGCCAAGUCCUUUCCCCUUUAAUUUAGUGCUGGGAAGGCUGCGUAUAUCCCAGAGAUGUUUACUGCGUAUGAGGAGAAGCAUGCACAGCCAAAAGAAUUAAAUGAAGUGUCACUCUUAAAACAGUGCAUGGAGUUAAGGUGUAUAUUAUUUACCUUGUUUAAUGGCAUCAUUAAAUGUGUGACCUAGACUGCCACAUACUACUGCUAGAGAAAUUUCACUAUUUGUAAAUAGAGGACCACUCUUCUAUAUUUUAUUCAUGGGACAUAUUAAAAUAUACAUCUUAACUUGGAAAAAAGUGUUCCCCUAAUUCAUUCUUUCAACUGUUAAAUGAAUUAUAAUAUAUACAUAAAGUAUCUUAUAGGAUCUGGCACUAGGGUAGUGGUCCUUUAUGCUGCUAUGAGGCUGAAGCUGUGCUCCCAAAAUAUGCAGAAAUUCACUACUAAAAUAAACCUGAUCUAGACUAGGUAAAGGCAUCUGCUCCUUGAGAUAGACAAGCUCCCAGUGUACCCUAGUUUUCCCCUGCUGGAUGUUUAUAUAUGUUCCUUUUCUUAUCCAAGAUAAAAGCCAAAAUGCUUUAAACUUCUCUAGUAUCUUCAUGUUAGACCCUUCGUGUGUCUUGCUGAUGUCUACACACACUUUCUACCAACCCACCUGCUGCAGAAGGUACAGCACUCUAAACUACUGCCUUGCUGAAAUUGCAGAACAGUUUUUCAAACUAGAUAGUAUAUGAAUAAUACAGCUAAGCAACUCCAAGAGAUGUAUUCUUACUUCCUGAGAGAGAAUACAAAAUAGAGAGGAAAGAGUAAAUGAUACUAACUGGGCCUACCCAUCCAUGGAUAGUUCAAGGAUAAACAUGGAGUUUAAAUGGAGCCCCUGGCAUUAAACAACUGUGACAGUAGCAUGAUGCAGCAAAACAUGCAUUAGUUGUUUGGUACCAUUUGUUUCCUAGUUUCAGGGGAUGAGCAAGUACAGUGGUCACUUGCUGACGCCUAGAGGAAGUGGCAUAUGUAUUUUGUGACAGUUGUCAGCUGUCCUCUGAUUUGAUACAUAGUUUCUGUGAAGAUCUAGAUGUUCUUAAUUUAUAACUACAGCAAACCGAUAUUGCUAACACAUAAGUACCUAGCAAAGCCCCUCUGUACCCCUCUCAGGAAUUUACCUCCCCUUUAGUCUGACAGCCUGAGCUUGUUCAUGGGUCAGAUUGCAGGGGAGACCAAUAAGAAAUUUAGAAGUACCUAAGUUGCACUGGAGUUUAAGUCCCACUGAUAGUCAAUGGGAUAUGGGUUCCUUAGUCAUUAAGCAUUUUGAAAAUUGAAAUUACCUGUGUGAUUUUUUGCUACCAUGUGGUCUUAUGUGGACAUACAUUAGACUUAAUGGCUAUACACAAACUAUACUGGUACAGUUAAGCUGGCAAAUUUCCCCAUGUUGAUAAGCCAUUGAUUAUGCUCAUCUUUGAGAUGGUUGAGCACCAACGAUACUUAUCAGUAUUAAUAUCCCAUUGAGAUUAACUAGGCAAUUCAUUACUCUCAUCUAGUGUUUUUGGUUGCCUGCAGCUUCAGCCAUUACUACAACCAUAAUGAUUAGAGCUGUUUUUCUUUAGCGAUAAAACUUAGUUUCUGAAGAGCAAACUGGGAGCUAACAGGAGAAAGAUGAGUUGCAAUAAUUUAGCAGAAUCUAGUUCACAAACUUGCUGAGGGGGGCAGGGGGAGUCUGUCUCCCUAUAAAGCCUUCUCUAGGAUUUGGGUGAAUUUUUCAGGUUUUUCCUGAGUAGAGGGAGUUCCUUUUUGUAAUUUAUGUACAGUUGGUUUGUUUAGUAUUUAUGGGUCAGGAAGAAUGGCUGACAAGUAUCAAAAUAAACCUUAUUGAAGUUGUUGACUA